AUGUUGCAACAAUCAUCAACAUCUGCAUUUCUUCGACGCUUUAAACGACAGCAAAAAAAUCAAAUUACAGACGAUCAUAACAUAUAUCAACUUCGCAUCAUUUUGGCACCGCCGAAAUCAUACUUAGCUUGGACACCAUUACCAGAACAUGCUGAAGAAGUUACCAAAUUCAAGUUGUCCUAUAAAAAGAGUACUAGUGACCACUGGACACGUAUCAUUGAAACACCGGAGUAUUUCAAAUGUCCGGAAGGAAUUGCUGAUCCGGAAGAUUUCUGUUAUGAUUUGUCCAAACUUUCUUUUGGAGUACAAUACACUGCUGAUUUAAUAUAUGAAUUAGAAAGUGGUGAAUGGACAACACACGGCAGCCCAUUGUUCUUCAUCCUUGUUGAAGCUGGGGAGCCAUCUGUGCCGACAUCACCGCACAACCUUCAGAUCAACCCUCAUGACGCGUCAAGCAUUGAGCUUCAUUGGUUGCCACCCCUAAACUCAAAGCACAUUCCUUUUUAUCAGGCACCAUUUUUUUCUACUUUUAUUCUUCCAUUUGCACAAAUUGAAAUAGAAGAUCUGAAUACACGGGAAAUGCGAACUGAACGGAUACCGGGGUCAUUCUUCUCCUCUAUUCUUAGCCAACUGUCACCGAAUUCCAUCUACAAUAUUUCUAUCCGUGCUGGAACUGAUUUUGGUGAACUUGGUAUGCCUGCAUUCAAGACUAUUUCUCUACAUGGUAAAGAUACUAAAUUGUUGGAUCGUGUGCCUAUUGAAGAGGGCCGAUUGAAAGAGCAGGUAAAGGAGCAAAAAAUAACAGAAGCAAAGGAGGAAAGUGAAAGAGUUAAAUUGGAAUAUGAAUUUGAGAGAGAACGAAUAGAGGAAGAACGCAAACGGGAGAGAAUAAAAGAAUGUGAGCGUAAAAGAUUGCAAAUGGAACAUGAUAGAUUGAAUAGGGAACGUGAACGUAAUCGAAUUGUGCAUGAAUAUGAACAUGAACGUGAUCAUCACCGUGAUCGUGAGCACCUAAAAAAUGAUCAUAUUGAUCGAGCAGCCGAACAGCAGCAACAAUAUUAUGAACGUCAACGGCAGUUAGAGCGUGAACGUAUGGAGCUGCAGCAACGACAGCAAUGGGAGAAAGAACGUGAGCGAUGGGAGAAGGAACGUGAGCAAUGGGAGAAGGAACGUGAACGUAAUGAUCAGUUGAGCUCUCAACAUCAACAACAAGAGGAGUAUGUGGAAAAAAGAUGGGAUCCACAUGAAAGACCAGAACAGGAACGUAUUCGACAACAAUUGGAUCAAGUUCAGGUGUUGCCGGGACGAAAUGACGAGCGAGAUGGCAUGCGAAAAUCGCUUCUUGACAUCGAUAAACCACGUAUUGAACAACGUGGAUCACGUAUUUUACUAUACUGGACUGUUAGUGGUGAAACAUCAAAUGUGAUAGCUUAUCAGAUCGGUCUGCGUUCAGAUUCAGAUAGUGAUUGGCGAUAUUUGGACAAUUAUGUUGUUCAUUCACCAUCAGAAAUUCACUUCCGACAAGAAUUAACUAAUCUAGAAAUCAAUAAACACUACUACGUUAAAGUCUCGGCUAUUGAUCAAUCACGACGUAUUCUUGCUACCUCAGAAGCAACUAGUUUUACGGUUCAUUGCCAAACACCCAACAAUUCGCCGCAGAAUUUACGACUGAAAAGUGUAGAAGAAGGAAUUCAACUUACCUGGAAUUGGGUAGACUCGGAGGAUCAUGAAUGUGAACCGUAUUUUCUGAUAACAGGAUAUCAAAAUGGGAUACCGUUUUCGGAACGAGUUGCUGGGAGAGAACGUCAAUUCACUUUCCACAAUGGGGUCGAUGGCGAAUGGCAUGUGGAAAUGCGUGCCGGGAAUCGUGCCGGAACUGGACCUAGUAGCGGACUUAUUAAUCUGCAAAGUUCUUUGAAAGUAUCCAAGGGUCUCCGUGUACUACGUAGCAUCUGUGAUCCACGUGUAGAUUUCUGGUGUCGUUCACCGGAUGAAAAUUACGAUACUGCCAUAUCUCGUCAUCCUAAUGAAGAACUUAUUUCGGAUCUACGAGUACUCUCACGUGAUGGUGAUUUAAUCGUUGAAUGGAAAAGUGAAGGUACUGGCCAUGGUGUUUUUGGAUAUCGUGUACAGUAUCGGACAAAUAGUACCGGUUGGACUUCUUAUGGCCAAAUUGUACCGUAUACUGGUGAUAAUAAACGUUAUAUACAGCAGUUAACAGGUUUACAGCAAGGUAGUAUGUACCAUAUACAUAUUCAAGUACUUGAUAGAAAUUCGUAUGUUAUGUAUACCAGUCCAGAGGCAUCAGAACGAACCAUUUGUUCCGCACCAACUCAUCCUCCAUCGCAUUUACAAGUGCAAGCUGCUGAUCCACGCCAUAUUCGGGUAAGUUGGGCGCAACCACCGCAAAGUACCUGGCAGUGUAGCAAUAUACAGGUAGAACUUGAGAUAACGGAACCACAAAGUAUUGCACCAAUACUCCUGAGCGGACAUCAAACAUCUCACGUGUUAGAUUCCGAAGCAAAUCAGCAAUGGUCUGUUCGAAUUCGUACAAAGAAUUCAGCAGGCGCAUCAGCAUGGUCACAAAUUGCAUCUGUUAGAACACCGCCUAUUGGUGAACUGAUCAUUGGGCCAACAGUGAGCUAUAGACAUGGAAUUCCGGUGCUUACAUGGACAAGCAAAGAGCAUAUGGAUGACCUCAUUCAAACUUACCAAAUCGAAUAUCGAACUUCGAUUGAUACAGCUUGGCAAAAGCUUCGUGAGCAAGUACCAUAUGCAGGUUGGCAACGACCUUACAGUAUCGAUCUCAGUGAACUACCUCCUGGCCAUAAUUAUCAGAUUCGAAUUCACGCAGUCGAUGCUAAUAAUGGCAUUGCUUAUACGUCAUCAGCGUUUAGCGUCCAAACACAAACCAAAUGUUCAAUACCACGUCGUACACCAUCCGAUGUACAAGCUACCUCACUUGGACCCACACAAAUCCGUGUAUCCUGGAAGGCAUUGCAUGAAUCAGAAUGGAAUUGUAAUCGAUUGUGGUACGUUGUAAAAUACAGCACUCCACAGAAUCAAGGCUUUAAAAAUUUGACACUUGGUGAAAAUCAUGUGAUUUUUGAUUCGGAACCAUUUACGCGGUGGACUUUCGAGGUGCAAGCUGCUAAUCCAGCCGGUGAAACGCAAUGGUCACAUCCAGUUACCGUACAGACAGAGGGAACUGCCCCUGGACCAAUUUCGGAUUUACGGAUUUAUUCACAAUUAUCGGAUACACUACAGCUUUCCUGGAGGCAACCGCAAAAUCCCUAUGGUCAAAUUACCGGUUACGAAGUAACCUAUCAGCUAUUAUCAAAAGGUAUGUGUGACCAAGUGAAAGAAAAACCUGUAACAGUGACCAGCGAUAGGCCUUCAUUCACUCUUCGGGGUUUAUUACCACAUUCAAAAUACCGUAUUUCUGUUGCUGCAAAAACAAAUAUUGCUGGUGAACACGUAAGUCAGGAAGUGCAAACUGAAGAGGCCGCACCAAGUGGUGCACCAAUUUAUAUCCGUGUAACAAAUAUAUUGCCUACUGAAGUAGCUAUAGUUUGGCAAGCACCUGCAUGCUUGCAAACAAAUGGUGAAAUAACAGAAUACGAAUUCGAAGCAACACCUUUGGAACGGCGUGAUUAUGACGCUGAUGGUACAAUUAAGCAGGUUAUCAGAGGUACUAGAACCAAAAUCACCGGUCUUUCCGCGUAUACAAAAUAUUCGGUGCGGAUACGAGCAUUUACACGAAAAGGACCGGGACCAUGGUCAGAACCGGUUCAGUUCCAGACUGCUACUGCACCUGAAAUUCCAGCGCCACCGAUGGUUCGAAUUCUAAGCACUGGAUCAGAUAAUGCAGAUUUGGUUUGGCAAGAGCCUUAUCCAUCUUCUGGUUUAAUUGAUAGAUACAAAUGCAAGUAUGCAGUAGCUGGUACCAAACAAUACCAAGAGCGCCAAUUUCCCUCAUAUAAUCCAUGUGAUAAUGAAGUCAUUCGCAUGCAGCAAUUGUCAUCACAACCAAGUGGGACAAAAUUACAUUGUGGUAGAAUUGAUGGCUUGCAGCCCGAGCAACAGUACACUUUCAUGAUGUCAGCUGGUGAUCAAAGUGGUUCUUGGUCUCCGUGGAGUGAGCCUCAAACUGGUCACAUUAGUGAAGGCCCCGUUCAAGUUAUUUCAUUGAGCAAAAUAGGUGGACGAGCGAAUAGUAUCUUAAUUGGAUGGAAUGUGCGCCCUAUUGACGCAGCUCGUGUUGUCGGUUACCGAAUUCAUGUAACACCCGUGCUGCAGCAUGAUGCCAAGCCAAUAUCAUUUACAGUGGAUCGAUCUACGCUGCAGUAUAAUAUCGAUAACUUGUUACCUGACACACGUUACAAUAUAACCGUAGAUGCUACUACUGAUGGUAUUCACUAUCAUCCAGGUACUGCAAUCGAAGCUGGUACCGAUUCAGCACCAACGAGUGGUUUAAUGGCUGCUCCACGAGUAAUUGAAGAGCAAGCAACCUCAGUAACUUUGGAAUGGAAUGCACCAGAUAAUGAUGUAAGUGGAUUCGUGAUCGAAUAUCGUGUUGGUGGUAGUGUAUGGCAGCAGUAUGGCCGACGAAUUCCGGCAUAUCCCGGACGUCAUGUCUACACUGCUCAGAUUGAUCAGCUUCCGACAAACAGCGUUGUGGAUUUUCGGAUAUGUGCUGUGUCACCGCAAAAUGAACAAUCUAUUCCUAGUCCGGAAGUCCGAGCUCGCACUCGAUGUUCCGCACCACCAACACCACCACAGGCUAUUCGUUUGGAUGCCCCGUCCACCAAUGAAGUUCGUGUUUCGUGGGCUCAGCCAGCCAAAGAUACGUGGCAAUGUGAUCAACUGAAUUAUGAUCUUGCUUAUCGGACAGGCGGACAAACGGAACGAGUUGUUCCAGUACCCGGUGACCAAACCGAUUACACUUUUCCUUCGGAAGCCAAUACUCGAUGGGCUGUCAAGUUAAGAUGCACUAAUCAGGUAGGGUCGAGUCCAUGGAGCUCCGAACAAGUGAUAACAACUCGUCAAGGAAUCCCAGGUCCAGUUCGAGAUUUGCAUUUGCGUGCUAAAAGUCCUAACGAAGUACAUGUACGAUGGCUUGCACCAUUGGUACAACGUGGCACCAUUGUCGGCUAUGAUAUUAGCUAUCGGUUGAAACAUCGAUUAGCUUGUCCGGACGAAGAACCACGUGAUGUCAGUCGUGAUUUUAUCACUGUCUACAAUCACAAAGAUUUGGAAUAUACAUUAACUGGACUGUUACCUUUUUCAUUGUAUGAAGUACGAGUACGUGCACGUACAACGGAACUAGGACCAGAAGAAUCGAAAGAUAUUGCAACAGAACAGCAACCACCAAGUGCACCACCGUUGAAUCUACAAUUAAGCUAUGCUUUAGAACGUUCCAUUAGUUUUCAAUGGGAACAAGUAGAAUGUUCACAGCGUCAUGGGCAUAUCGUGAAUUAUGAAUAUGAAAUACAGGGUCAAGAUGAUUGGGCUAAGUUGGAACGUCAGAUUGCGAAUACCACAGAUACUAAGAUAAAUAUUGAAGGUUUGACACCGUUUACGAAGUACAUUAUGCGUGUGAAAGCUUACAACAGUAUUGGUGGUGGUCCGAAUACGGAAAAUCUUGAUGCAAUGACAGCUAAAGCGGAUGCACCGUUACCGCCACAAGAUUUAGUUGUUGCUCAAGAAGGUACUGAUUAUUUCAUGAUUUCGUGGUUACCACCUUAUCCACCAUAUGGACCACACGAUAAAUAUAAGAUUCGUUAUCAACUGCUGAAUGAAAGUCGCUGGACGGAAAUCGAGAAAGACCCCAAAGAUGAAUUAUUGAAAUGUCCAGCUGAAAGUCCUCGGCAUUGUUUCAAUGUUACAAAUUUGGAAAGUGGACGACAAUUUCGAGUUCAGGUUGCAGCUCAUAUUGUUGAUGGUUCUUAUGGUCCUUGGAGUACGGUGACGAUCGCAAACACAUUGCAAAUUCUACCUGAUGCUCCACGGGGUAUAGAAUUGAUUGAGAAAACUGAUCAUUCACUUCAUAUUCGCUGGAUUCCACCACCGGAUCCUUUGGGACAAAUAACACAGUAUAAAGUGGGAAUCGUUUCGUUGGACGAUCCGGACGAUCAACUGAAAACUUUUCUCAUAGAUCAUCCAACAUUGCAACAUCUUUUGAAUAAUCUACAACCUGAAACUUCCUACAAUAUUAGUAUUUCAACUGGCACCAAACGUGGUUUCGGUCCUCUCUCUUGGACACGUUAUUCCACUGAUCCAUUCAAAGUGCCACCGGUAGCAAAUCCACCACAAGUUACGGCAGAUGGAGCUGAUGCAUUGAAUGUUCAAUGGAAUGGUAUUUUGGAUACGAAAAAUCAAGUCCGUGGAUAUAUAAUAGAAUUUCGUUCUAGCGAUAAUCCAACAUUUACGGAAUAUGAUGGAAUUAUUGAACACGACAUGAGCCAACGUAAUUACCAACAGCGCUUAUCAAUACUGGAUCCUGACACUCUAUAUUUUGUUCGUAUCAAAGUUGUGGAUCAAAAGCAACGCGUUAGCGAAGCAAGUCCAGAAGGAAGUUCACGGACCGGUUGCGCAUUACCACUUGCACCACCAUCGGAUGUAAACGCGUUUUCACCGUCACCUUAUCAGGUGCAAAUUAGUUGGCAGCCACCAAGUCAAUCUUCUUGGCAAUGUUCAAAUAUCAAAUACAAACUAGAAUACACCAACGGUUCAUCCUCACCUCAGGAAAUUGAUAUACCCAGUGGUAUAACUGACCGGGUACUGGACGCAUCACCGAAUACAUUGUGGCGAUUACGGGUUCGAGUUGAAAACGAAGCAGGUGCUUCAGAUUGGAGCAAGGAAGUUUCUAUCACAACUGCUGAAGGAGCACCAAGUGCAGUGGAAGAUCUUGAUGCUCAUCCGUACGGACCAGAAGCUGCAUCAAUAACAUGGCAACCGCCCGCAGAGCCUAAUGGACAGAUUACCGGUUAUACCUUGGUAUAUACGCUUAAGUCUCGUGGUGAAUGUGGUCCACGUUCUUCGCAACCUAUCACUCGAAAUACUAAAGAUGAAGAAAUUACGCUGGAAGGACUAUUACCUGAUUCCACCUAUGAAAUACAUGUAACAGCACAUACUUCUGAGCCUGGACCUCAAUCAAAUAUUAUCACUGUUACAACUGAUGAAGCUGUUCCCACUGGAGCUCCAUUAAAUCCACGUAUAAGUUCCGUAACACAAACACGCGGUGACUUUUUGUGGAAUGAACCGGAUUGCGAGCUUCGUAACGGUAAAAUAACGAGUUACGAGUGGCAGUUAGAAAGUGCAGAUCCGUGGGAUGAAAGUAAAAGUGGUCAAAGUACCACGCAAAGAAUAUCCUUCGAUGAUUUGAUUCCAUAUACUCAGUAUCGGGUACGAGUUUUGGCGGAGAAUUCAGCUGGACAAGGACCAUGGUCAGAAUGGAUCUCAUUUCGAACGCAACCUGCCGCACCGCCAGCACCAACAGAUUUAACCGAGGAACAAUCUUUCCCUCAUGCAAUCGAAAUUUCAUUCCUUCCACCAACACCGCCCCAUGGUACUAUCAACGAAUAUCGUGUAAGACAUACACCAUCUAGUCAAAUGAAUUACAAAGAAGUUCGUGUACCUGAAAGUCGAUUGCAAUGCUCAGAUACAUCGAAACGUGAUCGGUUGUGCUAUCGAGUUGUGGAUUUAGAACCGGAGCAGGAAUACGAAAUUCAGGCAUCAGCUCAUACUGAAAGUGGUGCUUGGGGUGAUUGGAGUGAAACAUUAAGUUCUCGAACACACGAACAAAAUAUACCAGUAUUAGAACGUGAACUGGAAGUAGUGGACAGCAAAUCGAACAGUAUAACAUUACGAUGGCAAGGUUUAGAUGCCGAUCAAUCGAAGCAUGUUGUUGGCUACAUUCUGGAAUAUAAAUCGGAAGAUGAUGAUUGGAAAGAAUAUGAUGGUAUCACAAAACAUCGCGCUCGUCAGAAUGAUUACCGUGUCCAGGUUAAAGAUUUGGAACCUUCGACGGAGUAUUUUUUCCGGUUGAAAGUUGUUGGUAAAAAUGACAAGCGUGGUUCAUCAGGACCCGAAUUAAGAGCGAUGACAAAAUGUGGACGGCCUGAAGAACCACCAACCGAUCUACAAUUGACAUCCGAUUUUGAAAAUGUUAAACUUACCUGGACGAAUCCGGACAAAGAGUCUUGGGCAUGUGACAAUAUUGAAUAUGUGAUUGAUUUCGUCAACACCACUUCACGCGGCAUAAUGACAAUACCAGCGGAUGCACCGACUGAACUCUUGUUACCAUCGUUUCCAGGAACCAAAUGGGAGAUUCGUAUGCGCACACAGACGAUUGAAGAAGGCCAGAAACCAUCCUACAGUCCAUGGAGUGAUCGCGUAACUUUGGUAACCCAAGCUCUUCCCGGAGAACUAUUCCUAACAGUUGAUCCAAAGACGCCUACUUCAGCAAUGGUUAUUUGGGAUUUAGCUGAUCAGGAUCGAAAAUGGAACUAUGGUGCCGAUAUUACUUAUCGAUUGAAACAAUUGGGCAGUUGUAUAGAACCACGAAGCGGUAGUCAUGAACCAGUGACGAACUAUAAUGUGCAAGACAAGCAAAUUUUAGUUGAUGACUUACUACCCGGUUCCGAGUAUGAAGUAGUGGUUACUCCGCGACGUCCUCCAAGUCUACGACCUUCCAUUACAACGCCGAAAACGAUACGUCACUUCAGGACAAAAGCUACCUUUCCAACUGGUCCGCCACGUAAUCUGCGUGGUGAGAAACGUCGUGAUACUGAAAUUUCCUUCAAAUGGGAACCACCGGAAUGUGAAGAACAAAAUGGCGAAAUAACACAGUAUGAAUAUGAGGUGACAGGUGCCGAAGAAUGGAAUGAUGUGAAACGUGAAGGUGUAACACCACGUACCAAUGCUGCAGUGGAUCAAAUGAAUCCUGGCUCCACAUAUAAUGUACGCGUACGCGCAUAUACUAGUGAAGGACCUGGACCAUGGUCAGAACCAAUUCAGAUUACCACCACCGGUACUGAACUAGGACCACCUAGAGAGCUUACUGCUGUGCAUACAAAGCCUGAAUUAAUUCAAUUAACUUGGCUCCCACCAUAUCCAGAACGAGCGCCAGUGCUCAUUUAUAAAGUCCAGUAUAGUCCACGUGCCGAUGAUUUUAAUCCAGUAGAAAUAGAGCUAUCCGGCGACCAACUGAGCUGUACUGGAUACAAGAGUCCUCUGAUUACCAGUGAUAGCAUAUGUACAACAGUGAGGUCAUUGCAACCGGAUACGACUUACCGGUUCGCUGUUCAGGCACAGUCGCCCACUGGUAAUUGGGGUGAAUGGUCACCAGCCUAUUUUGCAACGACACGUUCUACUGAAGAUGGACCAAUACCUGGGAAAUUACGAUUGGUGUCUGCAGGGCACGAUAACCUUCGUGUGAACUGGACCGCACCACCGGCUGUCAAAAGUGUUGUCGAUCAAUAUUUGGUCGAUAUAUCGCUAGCUAGCUCUUCUGAUGAGCAUCCGAAACAAUUUACUGUACAUGGUGGACAAAAUGAUUAUCAUUUUCAUGGAUUGGAACCAGCAACACACUAUAAUAUUACAGUACAAGGUUUAUCAGAAGGCAAACGGAUGUGGUUCAUAACGGAAGUUUUCCCAACUACCGAUUAUGGAAGUGGUUUGCUUUCUUGGUUACCACCGCCAACAGAUUUGAAAUUGCUAGAAAAAUCAGACCGAUCCAUGCAUGUAGCAUGGAGUCCACCGGAAAUUUUUGAUCCAGCCUAUAAAGAUCUGAUUACUCAUUAUCUGGUAACAAUAGCACCAUUUGAUCCAAACACCGGUGUAACUGGUCGACCACGUAAUUACUCAGUACCAUUUCCGGGAACAUCAAUCAAAUUUGAUGAUUUGACACCGGAAACAAUUUACAAUAUUACGGUACAGGCUGGUACCAAUAGUGGUUACGGUGAAAUAUUAUGGGGUACCUAUAGUACACUCGCACCAGGACAGAAUCACGUAUUACGAUUACUGGAUCGUACGCCAACAACAUUGACAGUUGAAUGGGAACCAACAUUCCUCAGUGACCGAGGAUAUACCCUUUCAUGGGAAAGUUUACAUUCUGCUUUCAAGCAUGUUCCCAUCAAUGCAAUCCAUUCUUCCGAAAUUCCUGCUGGUACAACUCAGUAUACUAUCGACGACCUGGAACCUUCAACGAUUUAUAAUGUCACCUUAGAAACACGACCAGGUGGUAAAGUAGCUUGGGGUGCAUAUGCUACUUUACCUCCAGGAUGGUUUAUGGUGCGUAAUUUGGUAUGGUGUGAUCGAACCAACUAUGCUCUAUCAUUAACCUGGGAGCCAGUGAACCUAAACAAAGCAACACACUACCAAGUACGAUACCUGAGGUUUAAGGAACAUGAUGCUAUCUGGACGGAAGAAAAUGAAGUCCGUGAUAUAGAUUUACUUUGUCCUAAAGAUGGCUGUAAUCGACAUUGCUAUCUUGUCUUUAAUCUUCCUCACAAUCCAAAUGAAUACGUUUUUCAAGUACGAGCUAAGGUGAACAAUCAAUGGAAUCGAUGGAGGACAGUUGGAAAACCAAGCGUUAUUGAGAAAUCAGAGCGGAAAAAAGGAUGUUGCAUUGUACCACCACCAUAUAUGGUUGAAAAUAUCGGUGUACCUGGAACGUAUUGGGAUGUAGACAUUUCACCGGUUGAAUCACAACCAGAAAAUAUUUCACGUUACUAUGUCGUCGUUGAUGAACGUGAACCAGCUGGUAGUACUAAUUGGACUGAACUAACAGACAAAGUUACGGCAAAUAAAAUGAAUAUUCCUUAUUAUGUAGCAGCAUCUUACAAUGCUGAUACACUAUCUGAACCAGGAAAAGUUAGCAUUGGCGAUGGAUCAGUGAUCGGUGGCUAUCUGAAUUAUCCAUUGGUAAAGGGUAAAAAGUAUAAUUAUGAAAUUUACUCAGUCUGGGAACUGGAUGGUAAACCAGCUGCUGUGGCACGUCAACGAGGUUAG